GGAACACAACACCAAAAUGGAGUCCGAAUUGAAUCGAAUUAAGUCUGAAUACAUUCAAUUGGAACAACAGAUCGAGUCAUACGAAAAGGAGAACAAACAACUGGUCGGAACCACUGAAAACCUGAACCAAUACUAUCUCACUCUACGGAAUAACUUAUUAGAACUCUUAGAGACCAUUCAUUUCCCCGAUUGUAUUGAAGAGCAGCCAAACCAAGAAAACUUCGAUGAAUUUCUGGACAAAUUGCAGGCCAUUUGUGUCGAGAGCUAUAAAGACGAGAACCGUUUGGUGUUCUCUUCUAUAAGACAUGUUUUGAAAGACUUUUCCGUCAAUUUAUGAUGGAAUUGAUGCCUUUGUUUAACCAUUUAGUCACCUAUCGC